CGUCUUAUCCGACGAGCAACUACAGCCGCUGCCUCUGGGAGUUGAAGUUUCCGUAGGAGGACCGGGCGAGCAGUAGCGAGACCACUCCACAAAGGCUUUCUGAACGCGUUCUCACGCUCCCCGUCAGCUCCUCGGCUUGAGUUGUAAAGAGCGUAGCAGCCGGUUACGUGCUUGGUUUACAAAGCCAGCUCCCGGUCGCUUUCCUGGCCGUCCUCCCCCGAGGGUGCGAACGAAACAAAGGCUUCGGCGGCGCCGGGACGGUCCUGAACUCGCUCCUCCCCCGCCCCGAGUCCUGCCCGCGGCUGCUGCAGCAUUUCUUUGGCUGUUUCUGGGCUGGAGACUAAAAAGCGCCAGGCCCGUUCCACUUUAGCCCGCUUGAUAACACGUAGGCAAACUUUCGUUUUCUGCGUCCCUGAUUUAUGAUGUCCAUCUUCCCUGCCCUAGACGCCCUUCGUUACUCAUCGGUACCCAGUCCCUAGUUUUAGACAACAAAUAUGUCUUCUGAAAUGUUGCCAGCUUGUAUUGAAACUUCUAAUGUGGAAGAAAAACAAGACUUAAGUGAAACUCAAGAGGAGGGACAGAAACCAAGAUUAGAUGAAGGGCUUGAGCCAUUAUCUAAACGACAAAUGAAGAAGCUAAUAAAACAGAAACAGUGGGAAGAGCAACGAGAGCUCCGCAAACAAAAGCGAAAAGAAAAACGCAAGAGAAAGAAAUUAGAGCGGCAAUGUCAACUGGAAUCAAACUCAGAUGGAAAUGACAGAAAACGUAUUCGAAGACAUGGUGUUCAUAGCACACUCCGUCUUAUCAUUGACUGUAGCUUUGAUGAUUUGAUGGUAUUAAAGGACAUUAAGAAACUUCAUAAGCAGAUUCAACGGUGUUAUGCAGAAAAUAGACGAGCACUGCAUCCUGUGCAGUUUUACUUGACAAGCCAUGGAGGCCAACUGAAAAAGAAUAUGGAUGAAAAUGACAAAGGAUGGGUCAACUGGAAGGAUAUCAACAUCAAAGCAGAACACUAUAGUGAACUCAUAAAGAAAGAAGACCUGGUUUAUCUUACAUCAGAUUCACCGAAUAUACUGAAGGAAUUAGAUGAAUCAAAGGCCUAUGUGAUUGGAGGGUUGGUAGAUCACAACCAUCACAAGGGGUUCACGUAUAAACAAGCAUCAGAUUAUGGAAUUGAGCAUGCACAGCUCCCCCUUGGAAAUUUUGUGAAGAUGAAUAGUCGAAAAGUUUUGGCAGUUAAUCAUGUAUUUGAAAUCAUUCUGGAGUACUUGGAGACAAGAGACUGGCAAGAGGCAUUUUUCACUAUCUUACCCCAGAGGAAAGGAGCUAUUCCUGCAGAUAGUGCCUGUGAAAGCUCUUCCCGGGACAAACAGUCUCCAGCCCAAGGUGGAAUGGACAGUGACUCCAGUGAGGGAGAGCACAACAGAAAUGAACCAGAAGCACCACAGAACGAAGAAACACAGAAUAAGGAAAACAGCAGCAAGCCUGCAGUGAGCCCUCUUCCAUAGUAACAGUACCUGGUCCUCUUUUAGUUUAUACCUUAAGGAGAAAUUAGGAGCAAGUGAGGUGCUUCAUAGAAUAAAAUUCAGAUUGGAAGAAAAUUUUCUCUUAUUUCUUUUGUGAAAUUUUAAACCCUUUUUUUUAGACCUAAAUGGUAAUGAAAAUUUUUUAUUCUGUAAGAAAGUUUUGUUUCUAUGUGAGAUUUAAAGGUAUCAUUUAAAAAAUUGUUUCCUAAGCCUCAAGAGUCACAGAGAAUGUUGUUUUCUUAGUGUAUUCAUUCUCCUUCAUUUACUGGAGUCUACUCUUCAGACUGUGCCUUCUGAACUUUGUUUUGUUAUAUGAUUUUCAUGUCAAUGUCUUUUUGGUUUAUUGCCUAUUUGCUGGGGGGCAGAUAUUGAUAUAUGUUCUCUAAGUCUACUAGAAUGUUUAAUAGUGGAGAGUUACCUCUAUUUGUAGCUUUUAUAUUUGGUUUCAUUUCUUCACAGAAGUGCAUUAAUUCUGGGAAGAAAUCCCAGCUUGUCUUUUCUUUGUGAUGCCUUUUCAUGGUUCUUAGAUCAUCGUGACAGAGUUGGGAGUCAACUUCUUACAUCCUUUUUGGUAAUUAGUUAGUUCAGUUACAAAACUAAUUUUUUCUGGCUAGAUUAUUUGGUAAUUUUGGGUUUUUGUUUUUUUUAGAAGGAUCAAUUUUUUUUUUUCUUUACCUAAGUUUAAAACAAAAGAACUCUUUAACAGCUAUCUUUCCUUCCAUGUAUUUUUUGUUCUUCAUGGUUGGGUCUCACUCUAGCCCAGGCUGACCUGGAAUUCACUAUGUAGUCUCAGGCUGGCCUCAAACUCACAGCAAUCCUCCUACCUCAGCCUCCCGAGUGCUGGCCAUGAAUUAAAAAACAAAAAUGUUGGAUUUUAAUGUGAAUUAUUAUGCAUCUGCCUCCUAAUACUCUAACUAAUAUAAAUGUAUGUUUCUGUAAGUAAUGUGCAUGUAUGAAAAUGUAACUGAUUGCCCACAUCAUGUGCGGUACUCAGUUACUAAGCAGUGAGUCAGGACUGAUGUGUAUUAUUUGUGUGAGUGGUUGUGUUGAACAAACUUACGAGUUAUUCUGAAUUGCAUUGAAUGUCAAAAUCCAGGAGUAGUUUGAAAAGCAGCAAGGGAGAACAGAGGGGCGGGAGCUGCGGUAAUAUCUACAGUAAUUGUAAAAUGUUGCUGUUUUCACCAUAAGUGGUUGUUCUCCUUCAGAAACUUGCAGUAGAUUUUAACAAAAUGUGCUUCUGUUCUUUCCUGUUUUCUUACUAAAUAUUUGAAAGGUAUAUUUAAACAGUUGAAUAACAUGUAUGUUAUACUAAACUUAUAUGUGGUAAAAAGUUUGUUGGAUGUAAUAUUAAUGUUCUCCAUCUCUUUUUGUUGUUUUGUUCUUAGUAACAUAUCUUAGUUACCCAUUCUGAAGUCUCUAAACAAAUACUGUAAAUAAGAUCCUACAAUUCUAAUUGAGCAAAA